UAAGUAUAUUCGCCAGAAAUAUGAUGUUUGGUUAAAUAAGGAAAGUGAAGCGAAAAUUAAUAAAACUGAAAAGCAUGGAGAUUUUUUAUAAACUAACGUUGAUUACAUCCAUAUGUCUUGCAAGAAUUGGAAUGGGAGCUUUUCAAUCAAUAUUCGGUCCAACGUUACUUUACUUAGCCGAUAAAGUUGAUUCAAGUGUAACGAACAUUUCAAUGAUAACGUCUGGAAAAUCAAUUGGGCGUUUGUUCGGGUCUGUUAUCGGAGCAAUCCUAAAAAAUAUGACUGGUUCAGACUUCAAGCACUUACUUCUGCACGGUGGAGGAUUCUUUAUUCUUGGAGUUUUAUAUCUAUCCAUACCAUGGAUUAACAACUAUUGGCUUCUUGCUGUGAACUAUAUAAUCGCAGGAAUUUUCUUUGGAUAUCUCUCAACAAGUCUACAAGCAUUCGUAUUACAGACUUGGGGAGCAAAAUCAUCAGCAACACAUAUACAACUCUACCAUUUAAUGUACACCGUCGGAGCAAUUGUGACACCUCUUAUGGCUGAGCCUUUCUUGAAAGGGUCGAGUAAAACUAAGCCGGCGGAGGACAGCUGUCCGAACUCCAUAAUCAACAUAUCCAUAAUUACGACGUCUGCACCGAAUACCAGCACGACCAGCUCGUUACCAGCUGGUUUCGACCAAACUGGUAUGGCUUAUAUAAUCGUCGCAUCAUACCUAUUUUUCAUAUCAAUUUUGUUUGCGGUUAUAUCUAUAACAAGUAUUCCAGAUAAAGUAAGGGCCAGCAUUAGUGACCGUGGAUAUACAGCUGAACAAAGGAUGGUGGAACCAUUUCGGAAUCUAAUUUGGUUCUUUUUAUGUGUAAUCGGGUAUUUUUGUUUCAUUGUGUCGGAUUCUGGAUUGUUUGAAAACUACAUAUACGCGGUUGCUCUAUGUUCCGAAUUGAGUUUUUCGGUUAGUCAAGCCGCACAAAUCGGUUCUGUUUUCUUCAUCGGAAAUGGAUUGGGUAGAAUGAGCGGGGUCAUUGUAUCUAACUUUGUAAAACCAAGAAAUAUUAUUUUGUUUGGUGUAUUUGGAAGCAUUAUUAUUAUGGUAUUGAUGUCCAUCAUGGGUCAGAGUCUGCCUUGGAUAACAUGGAUCGUUUCAGUCGGUCUUGGAUAUACAACAUCGAUGCUGUUUCCCGCAGGAGUGUCGUGGGUUUCGGAGAUAACAGACAUAUCCGGAAAAUAUAUGUUUGUGCCAGAGGUAGGGAAUGCAAUUGGAAAUUUAGUAAUGACACCUGUUGGAGGCUACAUUUUCGACAUUGACCCCUUUAGUGUGGUAUACAUGAUUCUCGGUGCCUGUGUUGUUACUGCUAUAAUGUUUGCAUUCGCCCUGUGCUAUGGUCACCUACAUAAGGCAGCAGUUGUGGCCAGAGCAAAUGUGGAAAUAGAGAAUGGGAAUAACUGUACUACUUACGGUACUUUUGUUGCGGAGACUGAUCAACAAAUUAGUGGAGAUAUAUCAUGAUUUUUCAAAAAAAUGGAUUCAUAAUUUUUUCCAAGUAUAUAUAUUGCAAAAAUUUAAUGAAACAUAAACGAGAAUAUCGGUCAGAGAC